UCGCCUGCUCGUUCUCGGCGGCCGCUCUCGCUGCGGCUGCGGCUGGGGCUGGGGGCGGCGGCGGCGGCGGCGGGCGGCGCGGGGCGGUCCGGCGGGUUCAAAGAGGAAAACAUGGCGGAAAACAAAGGCGGCGGCGAGGCUGAGAGCGGCGGCGGGGGCAGCGGCAGCGCGCCGGUAACUGCCGGGGCCGCCGGGCCCGCGGCGCAGGAGGCGGAGCCGCCUCUCGCCGCUGUGCUGGUGGAGGAGGAGGAGGAGGAAGGCAGCAGGGCCGGCGCGGAGAGCGGCGCGGCCGGGCCCGACGACGGUGGGGUAGCCGCGGCCUCCUCGGGCUCGGCCCCGGCUGCCUCUGCCCCUGCAGCCUCCGUGGCCCCUGGAGUUCCAGGGGGUGCGGUAUCGACCCCGGCCCCAGCUGCUGCCUCGGCUCCGGCUCCGGCUCCCUCGGCGGGGCCGCCUCCUGGACCGCCAGCCUCGCUCCUGGACACCUGCGCCGUGUGUCAGCAGAGCCUGCAGAGCCGACGUGAGGCGGAGCCCAAGCUGCUGCCCUGUCUUCACUCCUUCUGCCUGCGCUGCCUUCCCGAACCCGAGCGCCAGCUCAACGUGCCCAUCCCGGGGGGCAGUAACGGCGACAUCCAGCAAGUUGGUGUGAUACGGUGCCCAGUAUGCCGCCAAGAAUGCAGACAGAUAGACCUUGUGGAUAAUUAUUUUGUGAAAGAUACAUCUGAAGCUCCUAGCAGUUCUGAUGAGAAAUCAGAACAGGUAUGUACUAGUUGUGAAGACAAUGCAAGUGCAGUUGGCUUUUGUGUAGAAUGUGGAGAAUGGCUGUGUAAGACAUGUAUUGAAGCACAUCAAAGAGUAAAAUUCACUAAAGAUCACUUGAUCAGGAAGAAAGAAGAUGUCUCAGAGUCUGUUGGAGCAUCUGGUCAGCGCCCUGUCUUCUGCCCUGUACACAAACAAGAGCAGUUGAAACUUUUCUGUGAAACAUGUGAUAGACUGACAUGUAGAGACUGUCAGCUAUUGGAACACAAAGAACAUAGGUAUCAGUUUUUGGAAGAAGCUUUUCAAAACCAGAAAGGUGCAAUUGAGAAUCUACUGGCUAAGCUUCUUGAGAAGAAGAAUUAUGUUCAUUUUGCAGCUACUCAGGUGCAAAAUAGGAUAAAAGAAGUAAAUGAAACUAACAAACGAGUAGAACAGGAAAUUAAAGUGGCCAUUUUCACCCUUAUCAAUGAAAUUAAUAAGAAAGGAAAAUCUCUCUUACAGCAGCUAGAGAAUGUUACAAAAGAGAGACAGAUGAAGUUACUGCAGCAACAGAAUGACAUCACAGGCCUUUCCCGGCAGGUGAAGCAUGUUAUGAACUUUACAAACUGGGCAAUUGCAAGUGGCAGCAGCACGGCACUACUGUACAGCAAGCGAUUGCACUCAAACCCGGGGCAUGCUGGACCCUUUCCUGUUGUGUCGGUGCACAACAACCCAGUCAAUCCAACCAGCCCUACUACAGCUACCAUGGCAAAUGCAAAUCGAGGUCCCACCAGCCCGUCUGUUACAGCAAUAGAACUAAUUCCCUCAGUGACCAAUCCAGAAAACCUUCCAUCGCUUCCAGAUAUUCCACCCAUACAGUUGGAAGAUGCUGGUUCAAGUAGUUUAGAUAAUCUACUAAGUAGAUAUAUCUCAGGCAGUCACCUACCCCCACAGCCCACAAGCACCAUGAAUCCCUCCCCAGGACCCUCUGCCCUGUCUCCAGGAUCAUCAGGUUUAUCCAAUUCUCAUACACCUGUGAGGCCCCCUAGUACUUCUAGUACUGGUAGUCGAGGCAGCUGUGGGUCAUCAGGAAGAACUGCUGAGAAGACAAGUCUUAGUUUCAAGUCUGAUCAAGUGAAGGUCAAGCAAGAACCUGGCACUGAAGAUGAAAUAUGUAGCUUUUCAGGAGCUGUGAAACAAGAAAAGACAGAGGAUGGCAGGAGGAGUGCCUGCAUGUUGAGCAGUCCUGAGAGUAGCUUGACACCACCUCUCUCAACCAACCUGCAUCUAGAGAGUGAGCUGGAUGCGUUAGCAAGUCUCGAAAACCAUGUGAAAACUGAACCCACGGAUAUGAAUGAAAGCUGCAAACAAUCAGGGCUCAGUAGCCUUGUUAACGGAAAGUCCCCAGUUCGAAGCCUCAUGCACAGGUCGGCAAGGAUCGGAGGAGAUGGCAGUAACAAAGAUGACGACCCAAAUGAAGACUGGUGUGCUGUCUGCCAAAAUGGAGGGGAUCUCUUGUGCUGUGAAAAAUGUCCAAAGGUCUUUCAUCUAACUUGUCAUGUUCCAACACUUCUUAGCUUUCCAAGUGGGGACUGGAUAUGCACAUUUUGCAGAGAUAUUGGGAAACCAGAAGUUGAAUAUGAUUGUGAUAAUUUACAGCAUAGCAAAAAGGGGAAAACUGUACAGGGGUUAAGCCCCGUGGACCAAAGGAAAUGUGAACGUCUUCUGCUUUACCUCUAUUGCCAUGAAUUAAGUAUUGAAUUUCAGGAGCCAGUUCCUGCUUCGAUACCAAACUACUAUAAAAUUAUAAAGAAACCAAUGGAUUUAUCCACCGUGAAAAAGAAGCUUCAGAAAAAACAUUCCCAACACUACCAAAUCCCGGAUGACUUUGUGGCUGAUGUUCGUUUGAUCUUCAAGAACUGUGAAAGGUUUAAUGAAAUGAUGAAAGUUGUUCAAGUUUAUGCAGAAACACAAGAGAUUAAUUUGAAGGCUGAUUCAGAAGUAGCUCAGGCAGGGAAAGCAGUUGCAUUGUACUUUGAAGAUAAACUCACAGAGAUCUACUCAGACAGGACCUUCGCACCUUUGCCAGAGUUUGAGCAGGAAGAGGAUGAUGGUGAGGUAACUGAGGACUCUGAUGAAGACUUUAUACAGCCCCGCAGAAAACGCCUAAAGUCAGAUGAGAGACCAGUACAUAUAAAGUAAAAUGACAUGAACUUAAAAUCAAUUGUUUAAAAAAAAACAAAGAAAACUUUUUAUUUAAGUGUUGCUGGAAUAUCUUGCCUACAGUGGGCACCUCCUUGAAGAAGCUGAUAGCUUUUUACACAGUAUUAGAGUGAAAUAAUGGACAGAAAACAUAUUCUUAUCAAGAAAGGGGGAGAGAACUCUAUUUACAACUUUAAAAGCAAAAGUGAAAUGAUUUGAAGAUUUCUGUUACUAAAGAGGAUGGUUCUGAUUGUUAGAAUGGGCUGAAGUUCAUGAUCAUUUGGUACUGAUUGGUGCAGGAUACUGAGUGUUUAAGUACUUAAGGGUCAUGUCGCUGGUUAAAUUGUCUCUUUGGACUAGAGAGCACAGCUAUUAAAACAACUUUGAUGCCUCCCUCUGCGCACAUAUACAUACCGGCUUAUUUUCUAGUUAAAAAUCGAAGUUGCUCAGAUUCCACUUUGAUGUCAGUGCAGAUGUGCAUUGGAUCAUGCCGUUACAUUUUUUUCUCAUUUCGAUGCUGUUGGGCCUUAGUUUUUAUAUUGGUUUAAAGAACUAUUCGUACUUAAGAAUCUAGGAAACAUGACCAUUGAUUGUCAUUUAAUCAACUUUAAUAUUCCACUGAAAUAAAUGUGGUAACUUUUCAGUACCAGAUUAUUAACAGUAGCAUUUCCAAAAGACACUUGCACAGACUCACACUUCCCAAUCAAAUCAUCUGACCAUACAGUUAUUCCCAUGAAAGGCAGAAUGUUUGAAAAUUAAUCUAGUUUUCUGUACAUUUAAAAUUUGAUUGAGAAGGUGACAACUGGCUCUUAUCCAGUCUUCCUUCAUAUCAGUUUUCUGAUAGACCACUAUUGGCAAACAGUAAUCUGUCAACUACCAAAUGUGUAAAAUUUUCUGUAUUUCACUUUGUCUUAUUUGUAAAUAGUGAACUAAAACUUCUGGCAGAUCAGCAACAUUUGCUGAGCCUGUUUUUUAAGCUAAUAUGUAUUCUUACUAAUGUUCCUAUCAAGAAUGGAUUUGUAAUAUAUGCUGUCUAUUUCUAAUGUUCACAUUCAUAUUUUGAGGUUCUAUCUUAUUUUAAUAGAGAACAGACUUCUCAGAAAAUCUUCAGAAGCAGCUUAUUAUUAAAAUAUCAAAAUAUUGAAAUAAACCCGGUGGGGUUAGAUUACUCAUCCGUCCACCAAGUGGGACAUUUGCAUGGACUGGGGGCUUAAAGGACUUAAAAGAGACCUGUAAGUAUAUCCUGAAAAUGAGCCAAUCAAUCCCCACUUGAAUGGUUACUGGAGUAAACCCACCUUUACUACCCUGAUUUCAGCACCUGAGGCAGAUAAACCACCUUGGCUCUGUUUUUUUCUGCUUUUCAUUUGUGAUGCUCAGAUCCAAGAUACGUGUGCUAGACUGUACAGGCUUCUCUUUUGUUGGGUUAAAAAUUUUUAGUCCUAUGUUUGUAUGGACAUGUUAGAAUGUAAAGUGACCAAAAUAGAAGACUUGCCAUUAGGUAUUUUUCAGACGUCAGCAGAUUUGUGGCAGAUAAUUUCUUUUUAAAAAUUCAGCUUAAACAGUUCAGGCAGUAGACUACUUGGGAAAACAUUAUUUGACAUAAUUGUCUAAGAGGUAAAUAUUUUUUAGUGCGUAUUGAAUCAAAUAAAGUGCUCUAAAGAAAUUAUUAUACAAAUUUCUUUGGGUUUUUCUUUUCUUAAGUGGUGGUAGUAAAUAUGGUUCAAGCCUUCUAAUGGUAUAUUGGUUUUAUUGCUGUUGAUUUUUUUCAUUCUGUGGCUUUCUUUAGGCUUCUUUUUCAGUUUUAUCAAACUUCAAAACAUAUACCAAAAGGUUCUUGUUAUUUUACUCAAAUUUCAGACUCGUAAGAACAGCUUUCUUAGAAGGAGAACAUCAUUUUAAAAUGCCCUUAUCUAUGUGCAUUUCCUCCUUCCCAUAAUCUUCAUGGUUGCCGUUCAUCAGGAGACUUACCUGCGGGCACAUUUUUGGACAGUGAUGGAUACAGCAUAACUUCAUUUUCCCAAGCCAUUUUGAGUUCUGAUAUUGUAUGCUUGCUCUCUUCAUAUGACUCGUCUUCAUGAUUCUUAGAUAAUAGGUUCUGCCAACAGGGGGAGAAAACCAAAUUUUAAGUAAAUACUUUCUUCUUGAUAUUUGGGGCCUUAAAGGUAAUGUGUUGCUUCUAAAACAUUUCAAUGUGAGAUGGAGUUUUGGGUUUUUGCUUUCUGUUAAUUUAAGAUUGGUUCUUAAAAAGCCACUUAUUGUCAUCAUUUAAUAGGCUCCAUUUCUGUUAACAGAAGGUAAUUCAUAGUGCUGAGGAAUUACUAUUAAGCCACCAUUAUAUGAAGGUGUUCACUUUAGAUUUCAUUAAAGCUUUUUUUCUUGCACAUUGAUCAUUGUGUUUCUAAGCUGAUGUGUUCAGCACUAAUACAAUGGUAAAACAAUAUAAAAAUUUAAUACUGAUAUCUUACAUGUUUCCUAUUCUUUUGUUUUAAAAAGACAAACAUUGAUUAUCUAUCCCUGAAUGCAGUUUGUUUUGAUAUUCCCUCACAUUUGCAUUCUUUGUUAAAAGGGAGUAUUUUAGAUCUGGAGAUGUUAAAUAUUUCCUUAAAAGCUUGCAAACUUUCACCCCACUUCAGACUCUGAUUUCCACUAAGAACAAAGCAUUCCUCAGUCUGUUCCGCUGGCCUAAAUUUAUGUUUUUUAGUACUUGGCUCAGCUGAUUCACUGAAUGAAGGAAUUGCUUUAAAGUCAAUUCCCAUAUUUUUUAUUACAAUAGUUUUUGAGAUUUUUAGUUAAUCCAAAGAAAUAAUGUUUUUAAGUGAAAGAAAAGUUUAUAGUGUGCAGAUUGUAGAUUUAUCAAUUACCUCAGCAGGUAUCCUGCCAUGUAACUUUAGUGAUUAGUGGUUUUUGUUUUUUUCUUUUUUGGCCAGCCUUAGGCAUAUGGAGUUCCUGGGCCAGGGAUCAGAUCCAAGCCACAGUUGUGAGCUACAUACACCACAGCUGUGGCAACACCAGAUCCUUUAACUGCUGUGCUAGGCUGGGGAUUGAACCUGCAUCCUGGCCACCAAUCCUCGAUGCACCAUAGCAGGAACUCCAGUGAUUAGUGUUAAUAAGCCAGUAGAUGUAUGUUUUCUGAAUAUGCCCUUGGGUUGUGGCCAGCCAUGUGUUAUUCAUGCCAUGUGUGUUAAGUGUUCAGAAUGCGAGUAGAUGCUGUGGCCUCGUCUCCCUCGGCCAUUUCAGUCCCUCACCCACUCCUACUUACGUACAACACAUCAAGUAUAAAAGCCUCUUUUUUUUUUUUUUUUUUUUUUUCUUUUUUUCUUUUUAGGGCUGCACCCAUGGCAUAUGGAGAUUCCCAGGCUGGGGGUCCUAUCAGAGCUGUAGCCACCAGCCUACGCCACAGCCACAAAACACUGGAUCCAAGCCUUGUCUGCGACCUACACCACAACCCAUGGCAGCACAGGAUCCUUAACCCACUGAGUGAGGCCAGGGAUGAAACCGGCAUCCUCAUGCAUGCUAGUUGGGUUCGCUAACCACUGAGCCAUGACAGGAACUCCUAAAAGCCUCAUUUCCUGAAGUCAGCGUUACUUACUUGCAUACUCAACAUUGGAUCAGUGCAGUUUUAUAAAACCCACCCUCUCCAACUCCCCUGAUUGAAACAAUCAAGUUCUUAAUUCAUACCGUGCAUUCUUAACUCAUGCCAUCUAAAUUAAUAGUCUGCUAGAGGUGACCCAACGUUUAAGAUGUAUCACGGUUUGAUCAUAUACCAGACCCGGAUGCUUUUAUUUCUCUCACAAUUAUAUCCUCCUUGAUAAAGCAAUAACACUGCUUUAAGUCUGUUGCCUAAUAGCAUGUUAAAAUCUUCUCCUGGAUGGUGAUUUUAUAGGAAAGUUUGUAUGCAUAUCACCCAGUCUAUCUUUUAAAAAUUAAGGAAUUUAAAUGUAUGCCGGAGCUAAUGACAAUAUAUUGUGGCAUUUUAUUUUAAAAGUUGGGGAAAGUUGCAUAUUUUUUUAAAAGCAGGCAUUUGAGUAAAAAAAAAAAUUGAAGGUACUUUUUUAAGAAGUUUAUAUGCCACAGUUUACAUAGACAUUUCAGAUUUCAACAUGUACUCUUGGAUAUAAUGGUUUCUUUCACUUGGUCAAAAUGCAUGUAUAGCAUUUCUUCCAUCUUAGUUCCUUAUGUUUGCCUUCGUGGUCUUUUAUAUAUUUUUUAAUUGUAUCUCUAAGAAACAAAGUUAUCUUUAAAAUAAGUCAAUUUAGAUAUAUUUGUUAUAAUCAAACUACAAAGUGUACAAAAUUAAAUUUAGCCCUUUUCUAGCAAGUGAUCUUUAAAAUGAAAAAUGCUGUUCUUUUAAAUUCACCAAAUUUGUAUGUGGGAAGGCGCUGAAAUGAUUUUGUAAGUGCCACUGCAGUGUUCCCUUUCAAGUGUGACCUAAAUUUCAAUCUAAGAACAAAACGCACGUCUGCUCCUAGUCUGAAAAAUGUAGGCAUUAAGUAUAUAUUUUAAAUCACAGUGAAACAUGUAUAUAAGCCUAUAACAAAGAUUUGUACAAUCUGAAAGCCUGUUAAUUUUCUAUGUAGACAUACCUACACAUGAAAGGGUUAAAUUCACAGCCUUACUAAGUUCCUUGCUUCCAGUAUUUCGACUGGUUUCCUCCCCUCAUUAUUACUAAUCCUACAAUUACUAUUAUUUUUGCACAUAGUUAACUUCCCUUCAAUAUGAUUCUGAAAGAAAAGUGCUGUUUCGGUGGUAUUGUAUUCUCUAAAUAAUCAUAUUUAAUUUUUUUAAACAAGGUUGCAGUUUCUAAUUGUUCCGUUCCUGUGUUUUUUGCUGGUGUGUAAUAAAAGCAAGAUUUUCUUUUCAUGGUUAUUUAAUACAUUAGCUGCCUGUAAAUAUUUCUUGUUCUAAUGCUCUGGAAUGUGUUGUAGAAGUUGUAUUAGAUUAGUUUAAAGCCUUGUUUGAAAGCCACAUUGUUUUGGUUAUUUCUAUUAAAUUAGAAAAUUGAAAAAGUU